UAUUGAUUUAUUUACUUUUAAAACUUUGCUGUCUGUUUGUUGUUGUACGAAAAAAAGUUGAAAUAACAAAAGGAAAAUUUCUAUAUUUUAAUAACAAACCAGAUGGCUAAACAGUUGGUUAUUGUAUUUAUCUGUUUCUGGGCCUAUUUCCAGUUGGCACAAAAUGCAGCUGCUGAUAAUGAAGUGGAGCAAGUAUUUAAGGACAAUGAAAUAAUACCAGAUGUAUUGCAGGAGGCACCCAAGGAAUUUCUGAAGGUUACAUAUGACGGUGGCUUGGAGGUUAAUAAAGGCAAUGAAUUGACACCAACACAAGUUAAGCUACAGCCCAGAGUUGAGUGGCAGGCAAAAUGUACAGAUUAUUAUACCCUAAUAAUGAUCGAUCCUGAUGCACCUAGUCGUGCUGAUCCUAAAGUAAGAGAAUUUCGUCAUUGGUUAGUUGCCAAUAUACCUGGAAAUAAAAUUGAUCAAGGUCAGGUGGUAGCUGCUUAUGUGGGUUCAGGACCACCCAAAGGUACUGGUCUACAUCGUUACAUUUUCCUUUUGUAUAAACAACCAGGAAGGAUAGACAUUGAUGAACCUCUUGUUGGCAAUAGUUCAGCUGAAAAUAGAGCCAAUUUUAGGGCAGCUAAAUUUGCCGAAAAAUACAAUUUAGGUACACCCGUUGCUGGCAAUUUCUAUCAGGCUCAAUAUGAUGAUUAUGUUCCCAUCAUACUUGCCCAGUUAGGUUUUAAAGUUUAAUUAAAAUGUAAUAAAUUGAAUUUUUAAAAUAAAAAUUCAUUCAUAUUUCUAAGCAAAGCAAAAUAAACUUGAACAUUUAGUUUUACUUGCAAAGAUGUUGGCUUGGACUUUUCUAUAUUUUUCAAGGAUUUAAAAAAAAAAACAAUAAAAUUUAGUUUAAAGCUGUAUAUGAUCUUUUGGACAUAAUUAAAUCUUAUAAGAAACUAAUUCAAAAUCAUAAAGGUACAUGUAGGUAUACUUUAUAUUGCUUUAAGGACCAUAUUUUUAUAUUUAGAUGUCACAAACAUCAACACAAACGCAUAAUACACUUCCCACGGUACACGCAUAUGUUAAAAUAGUUUUUAUGAAAAUCGUAUUCAUUAUAUUUUGUUCCAUUUCAUGAAUCAAGUAUUAAGCUAAAUUAAGCAAUUUAUAAAACAACUAAUUUGAUAAAUUACACUUGUUUUUUAUAGCAAACCCAAAUUAACACUUUUUCAAUCGGUUUAAUUUCUUUCCCCAUAAUGCAUUUAUUUUAUAACUGAAUCAUGCUAUUCAUUUCUGUCAAUUACGUGAUCUAAUGCAGUUUGUAGAUCCAGUAGAGUAGAUCAAUACAUGAUAUAUAGAAAUUUUAAUACGCUCCGAAUAUUGAGAGUUUAUCCCAAAAACGAAUUUUUAAUAUAUGUCUCUUUUUAAUAAUAGAUCAAAUUCUUUAAUGCAACUUUUUUCCUUAAAAACUAAGAUACUAAACUAUUUAAAAAGGAUACACAAUUUGAAAUCCUGUAGGAUCGUAUGGACUUAAUAGAAAUCCAUUUUUUGGGGCAUAUUCGAAUUUCUAAAUAUUUUAGAAUAAUGUACAAAACUAGAUCUACAAACAUUUCUGUCACACUGUGUAUUUUCUUAAUACCUAUGAAAUUAUUAAAUUAUUAAGUAAAUUAUAUAUUGUAUUAUUUUUUUUAAUUCACAAUUCAAAUUAACAGGUUUCCUAUGAAGGUGGUUUGGAGGUUAAUAAAGGCAACGAAUUGACACCAACCCAAG